AUGCAACUCUCAUCUCUCCUCCUGGCAGUCUUCGCAGCGACGGCUAAGAGCAGCUCAUUCGUCCUCGGAGACUUCAUCAUGUUGAACCCUAUCACCUUAAACAUUGAGGCGCAACCUCGAGUCUGGUUCAACUUUGGAGAAGGCGUCACGCCUAACAGCAACAUUCUGGAACUCGGAAAAAUAACCGGCAACAGGGGUAGCGGCUUACUCUGUGUCGAACAAGACUGCCCUCUCGGGUUCUCGGUUGGAGGUUGCACUGGAUGGUUGAAGAGUGCUGAUGGAGAGUCUGCACUCAUCCACGCCAUCGGACCGGGGUUUGAUGUGGAGAAUAUGGUUUGUUUCAAGGACCAUGGGUAUAGUGUAGGGGGUAUGGUGAAGUCGGGGCGUAUCAAGAGUUUGUAUCGUUGCAGUCUUGGAUCUGAAGUGCAGUGCACUUGA